AUGAACUUCCUUAGUAUUAUAUCCAGUGUCUACGACCCGUUGGGGCUUGUCGCUCCUGUUGUUUUCCUAAGGAAUUCACUUCUGCAAGACAUCUGGACGUACGAGAAAAGAAUCGGCUGGGAUAACCCUAUCCCCGAAGAAUUGGGUCAACGCUUCCAUUACUGGUGCGAGCAUCUGGAGAACCUGGAGUUGCUGACGGUGCCAAGAUGUUUUCGACAUCAACGUGGACGUUGGAGGCAACAGCACCUGCAUGACCAGUCAAUCAACGUAUCCUUCGUCAUGGCUAAAGCUCACGUAACACCAGUAAAAGGACUCACGAUCCCAGGAUUGGAGUUGCAGGCUGCUGUAGAAGGCUUACAUAUCACCCUAGUUAUCUGUCGGGAGCUCGAAAUCGACUUACGUGAAGUUACCUUUCAUACCGACUCUGAAACCGUUUUACGUUCAAUCCCACUUGCCGAUUUUAAACCUUCGUAA